CAUAAAUUAGUGUGGCUGAAGUCUAAUUCCUUUUUUUGCAAUUAUCGAUAUAUAAAUGCGAAGCUCCCCUUAAUCUGAAAAAUUAUUAAUCUGUUUAGAUAAGGGUAAACCAUUAAGAAACAAAAUGACAGCUGAUGAACCAUUGAAAAUCGGAAUUCUAGGAGGUGGAUUGGUUGGAGCUUAUUCAGCUUUAGCCCUUUCCCAUUUACCAAAUGUUUCCAUUACAGUAUUUGAAAAAUCUCCCGAACCAACGGAACUUGGAGCUUGGAUUGCGCUUCCUAAUCAGUCCCUUGAUAUGUUAAGCAAAUUCAUCCCUAUUGAAAAAGUCAAUUCAAUUGCCUAUAAAGGGGGUAAAGAUAGUGUUUUCUUAAGUCGUCAUUGGAAAACUGGAGAGGUGCUUUAUAAUCAGCCCACUUAUAAUCGAAGUGAACAAUUUGUGGAAGCUAGAACCCAUCGUGUGGCUUUACUUAAUUUAAUCUUGGAAUAUGUUCCAUCUGGAUUAAUUAAAUAUGAUCAUAAAAUAUCUAACAUUGAAUUCAUUGACAAUGAUUCUAAAGUUAUUGCUCAUUUUGAAAAUCAACCACCUUCUACACCCUUUGAUUUAGUAAUUGUGGCUGACGGAAUCUACUCUAAGAUCCGCCAUCAAUUUUAUCCUAAUACUUUGAAAUAUCGCGGAUCAGUGGCUUAUAGAAGUGUGUUUGAUGAAUCGUAUGUUAAACAUGUCAAAGGAAUUCAUGAUGACACAUCUAAUUGGGUUAGGCAUACUGGGUCUUGGGUAUUCUUAUCAAGAUUAGGUUUGAAUAAAUAUGGAAUUGUAGCAUCUAUUCCCGAAAAAUACGAAACUUAUGAAAAGUUAAAAUGGAAUAAAUCAAUUGGUGAUGAAGGUAAGAAAUAUUUAGCUGAUUACUACAAGGAAUGGGAUCCUAUCAUUUCUCAAGUGAUUGAAGCUGUUCCUGAUAUAAAAGCUUUCCCAUUAGAAUCUGGUAGUUGGUUGCAUGAUUUAGUUUUGAAAGAUAAGGUAGUGUUCGCAGGUGAUGCUGCACAUCCUACUGCUGGUGCAUAUGGAUCUGGGGCUGGGUUUGGAUUUAGUGAUGCUUUUGCUUUAUAUAGAGCAUUGGCAGAAACAUCUUCUAACUAUUGGUAUGAAACCACUCCCGGUGCUGUUAAGUACAAUAUAAAGCUAUCAACUUUCCUUUUUAAUGAAACUAGAAGACAUUUUUUGAUAAGAGUUGAAGCUCAGCUUGCCAUUGAUUCUGCUCAAUCAAAAGAACGUAUAACUACUCCAGCUGACGAUAAUGAAACUGAGUGGAAGAGUAGAUAUCUUAUCAAAAGAAAUGGUGGUGAAUGGAUUAGAUCUCACAGUGUAGAAUUUGAAUAUCAAAAAAUCAGAGACUACUACCUCGUUUACAUUCAAAAAAAUUUAUCCAGCUUCAUCAGGACUGGUAAAGGCUUUGAAGACUUAGAGACUUUAAGACAAAUACCAAAGUUGUAAAUAUAUAUAGCUAAAUUUAGAUAAGUAAUACAAUAUACUUCCUUUA